AUGGCCCAAGAACAAAGUAUACCAAGCAACCUCGUCCGUCUUGCUCCCCUACAAAUCGGAGACCUUCCGGCACAUCCGGAUCUGCCAAUGUUAGACUCAGAUUCACCAAGCCAGCGACCUGACCUCGCUGCCUUUAUCACGGCCAUCCUCGACGACGGAGCUUCAUUUCUCGAUCCAUCUACUUUGUCUCGCUCUUUCAAACAUCACUCAAGAAAAUCAUCCCCUCCAUCAGCCGCUCACGUAGAAGUCCUUACCCACUCGAUCCCGGCGUCCUCGAUCGCCCAGAUUCCAUGGUCAGACACCAGCCAAGGCCACGACGGCACCAGGGGGGUGUCAAGGAGCAAACCCCGCUCUCUGGGCGCAGAGUAUUGGGUCGCCCGCAAGAGCAUCCACAAGGACAUCUCGAGCAAGAGUGGUCAGCAGCCCGGGAACGCGAGCUGGGCGGAAUUCAUCUACGGCCUGCGUGAUGAGCACAGUAAGCACGAAUCCGAGUUCACGCCGACACUAUUCGACGCACUGAAUGUGGUGAAUUGGAACGACUCCGUCCGUGAUUUGGAAUUACAGGGAAAACUGGUGGGAAAGUCACGCACUGCAUAUACCGGUUGUACGAUGGGCGUUUGGGAGAUGUGCCAUGCCCUUCCGGCCCCGCUGAGUCGGCGGUGUUUUCCGGUCUUGGUCGUCACGGCCAGCAUGGACGAGAACGCGUUCAUAGUCGUCACGAUACCCGUGACACUCGGCAUGAACGUCCCCGCCGCGUUCUACAGUAAUGGGCGGAAUGUGAAAGAGGGAAAAGACGCACAGCAACGCAAGCAAGUCGUCAUGGGCGUGUACGCGGCCGUGGAGACAGUGAGGAGGGACCUCGCGAAGGGAGAAGUCGAAUGGAUCAUGGCAACCGCCAGCGAUGCAAAGGGGAAUUUGCCCAUGUGCAUGCAGAAACUGGGCAUUCCUGGUGCGGUGGUCAAGGAUGUCGGUUCUUUCAUGAAGUGGAUUAAAGAUGUCGACGACAAGGACAUUCCAAGGGUUGAGUAA